AUGAUUUUUCUAAUGGACCUCCAGAUGAUGCUGCUGGAUGUGAUUUACUUCAUCCUGCGCAAUUCUGUGCGGGUCGUCAUGCCUCCGCGCACCAAGUCCAUUGACGGCGAGCUGGUGCUGAUCACCGGAUCAGGCGGUGGACUGGGUCGUCUCUUUGCUCAGGAAUUCGCCAAGCAUGGGGCAGAAGUGGUGCUGUGGGACAUCAACAGCAGCUGCAAUGAGCAGACAGCCAAGCUGGUCCGUGAGAUGGGGGGUAAGGCUCACACCUACACGUUGGAUGUGACCAACAGGGAGGAUGUGUACCGCAACGCAGACCUUGUGCGAAAGGACCUGGGCCGGGACGUUACGAUACUGGUGAACAAUGCUGGAGUAGUGGCAGGGCAGCGCAUGUUAGAUUGUCCUGAUGAACUGAUUGAGAGGACCAUGAAAGUCAACUGCCAUGCCCUCUUCUGGACAGUGAAGGCCUUCCUCCCGCAGAUGAAGGCGCAGAAUCAUGGACACAUCGUUACUAUCGCCAGUGUCCUAGGUCUCUUCAGCACCGCUUGUGUCGAGGAUUACUGUGCCAGUAAAUUUGCUGCUGUGGGCUUCCACGAGUCUCUGGCCCACGAGCUGCUGGCUGAGGAGGUUGAAGGAGUGAAGACUACUCUUGUGUGCCCCUAUAUUGUUGAUACAGGCAUGUUUGAAGGCUGCAAGAUAAGGGAGGAAAUGGAACUACUCCUACCCCCUCUGGAUCCCCAGUAUUGUGUUGAGCAGGCCAUGAACGCCAUCCUGAUAAACCAACCAUUAGUAUGCAUACCUCGUCUCACCUACUUGCCCGUAGUCUCCAGAGCGUUGUUGCCAUGGGAAUCUAAUGUGGUUACGUAUCGUUUCAUGGGGUCCGACAAGUGCAUGUAUCCCUUCAUUGACACCGUGAAGAAACUAUCACCUAAUGUCUCCGCAUAAUCAUAUCUAAGUUUAUACAGCUUUGGGAGUCAAAUCCAUAAAAUUAAAAUCAAAUGUCAUUCAAAUGGUUUGUGAUAUUCCAGUUGAUAGAAAAAAUAAUAAUAAAAAAUCCCCUCUGCAUGCGUGGACAGCAGUGGGCCAAACAGCCCAGCUACAGCCAGGAUUCAGUAGCAUUUGGAUGAUGCAAAUGGAUGAGGCUUUAGAUUUUGAAACUGAUCAUUCAGAAGUGUGUACUUGAUGACGACUCAGCCAAGUGGUCAUCAGCACCGCAACAUUUCAAUAUGUUCAGACUAAGUUUAAAGUCCCUUUAAACAGUUUUCACCAUAAACCUGUGAAAUGACAAAAUACUUGUGACUGAAUCCUGGACUGGCCUAAAGGGGAAUGGGAGUAUCUUUAACAUCGGUAACAUAACAAUGUACCAGAAUAUCAUGCUGUAUUGUGUUUACGUAAAAUAAAAUGAUU